UUGUCAGCUUUUAUAAGAAUUGACAAGGAAAGAAAAAGAAAAGCUAUAUAGGUUUUAUAAAGCUUUGAGGAACGUCUCCAAAUACUCCAAUGGGGAUUUUCUUGCUUUGAUUGAAGAGGCAAAGUGGAUACUGACAUGGAUACAGUGAGUUGGUUCAGGAAUUUUCCCCAUGAAAGAAGAUGUGAAAGGUUCAUCGGACUAAGAUAUGGAGUAAGAGGUUAUUCAUGCCCAAGAUUUGUUGAGGAACCGAAUAUAUUUCAAAGAAUUGUAUUGUUUAAAAGAUGGAUCAUAGAAUACUUAAGGUUCCUCAAGAAGUAGAAAUAGCCAAAGAAAAGAUCAUUAGCAUUGAUUAUGUAGGUGCAAGAAAAAAGUUACUAGAGAUACAGUUUCACUUUCCAGCCUUUGACAACAUCUCUGGUAUGAUCACUGUUUGUGAUAUCUUAAACUCAGCUGGCUACAGAUUCUUAGGCUCUAACACUAACUACUAUUGGGUUCUUGAAGUUUGUCCAGAUGCAACUGAGUUUGCUAUGAAAACCCAAUAUAACAAGUUCCUUACACUUCUGGAGCCCAUUAAGAAUAACUUCCCCAAGGCUGCAUCAGCUUUAAAGAUCAUUCAGGAAGCAUUUACAGUGCUUUCAGACCCAGAAGGGCGCUCCAUGUUUGACAUGAAUAGGGCUAUGAGGUUGCAGUCUUAUGCUUCUGGAAAUUUGCAGGAUAUUUGCAUUGGUGAAUUUGCAGCAUGGUUAUCUUCAAACCAUAAAAGAGCAGAAAUCUUUAGUGAAGUCUACAAAGUUUCCAUGGAAGACUCUGGAUGAAACCAGUGUAGAUAUAGUCUCAAAUGCCAUAGUUAAUGAUGUUAGGGUGUCUAACUGUCUUCAAAUUGAAGGAGGAUGCUGAAUUAUAUGGUAAAGUUACUGAUUAUGAUAUUGGUAAUGCUAGCUAUUUUCCGCAGGAAAUUUAUGCAGGUGCAGGAAAAACUGAAACCAACAUUAUUUCCUCCUGUUAUUUUGCUAGUAACAAACUAUCCUGUGAUAUUGCAGUCUUAUUCUCUAAGAAUCAGGAUUAUUAUAAAUUAGGUGAUAAGAAAGAAUGAAAAUUUUGCAGUUGGUCAAGUUUGGGCUACUUAUGAUGAUGAAGGCUUGCCAAGAAAAUACGCAAAGAUAAUUAACAUUGAAAUUCAUGAAUCUCUUUAUAGAAUGCAUAUCAACUGGUUGAAACCUGCCCCAGAGAGUGGACAAAUGAAGAGAUGGUUUGAGGUGGGAUUGCCUAUAGUUUGUGGAGUAUUCAAUGUGGAUUGGAAUCAAACAUCUCCCAUUGAGCCAACAUCAUUUUCACACAUGCUGUCUCUGCCUGCUGCAGCCGCAGGUAACCAAGUUGAAAUUUUCCCCAGAAAAUAAGAGAUUUGGGAAAUUUAUAGAGAUUGCAGGCCGCAAGCAUGGUGCUCGAAUCCCAAAUCGAGGGAGGGCAGCAGGUUGCAAAUAUUGCAAAUUUUGACUGAAUAUUCCAAUCCUGAUGGUUUGCUGGUUGCAGGCUUGGCGGAAGUAAAGGGAUUAAAAAAUGUCUAUAGCACAGACAAUGGGAACAAUAAUCCUUUUCGAAUUCCUACAAGAAGUUUAUUUGUAUUUUCCCAUAGAGUUCCAGCGUACAAAUUUGCAGAAGAAGAUAUGGAGACUUUAGACUCUUUUGUGACAAUAGGGAGCUCUUCUAACUCCACCCGUGCGCCUAGCUUCUCAACUCCAAUUCCAGAGUCAAAGACUGAACGACCAGGCCAAGAAAGAUUAGCAGAAGAUCUUAUUGCGAGCAAAUAUGGGCUGUGUAUUACGGUAAACAUUCAAUGCCUCGCCAAUACGUUAUUGUGAAAAUGUGACUUCAAAUAGUGAAAUAUCUGUAACAUUCUUGGAACCUCAUCCAAUAAGUAUUGAUGAGAUAAAUUGGAUCAAAAAGAAUUUACCAUUUGUCUGUGGAUUUUUUAAAGCUGGUGAGAUUACCUGGACUUGAGGUUGUCCAGGUUUUCACAUAAGGUAAACUAUGAAAAAAUCACAGAUAAACCUUUGUACAAGGUUUUUCCUAACAAAGGUGAAAUUUGGGCAAUGUAUAGAAACUGGAGUAUUGGAUGGAAGGAUGAUGAUCUCACUAACUACAAACGUCAAAUUGUUGAGAUUGUUACAGACUUCUGUAAAGAAUCUGGAGUAAUAGCUCCUAACUUAGAGAAGGUUCCAGGUUGGUCAAGUUUCUUCCGACGACAUAUUUGUGAUGGCUUUGAAUUGGUUAGGGCAGUUCCACGAACAGAAAUGCCCAGUUUCUCUCAUCAAAUACCAGCCUUUACUGUUCCAGGAGCUGAGGCUCAUGAUAUUCCUCAAGACUCUUGGCACCUAGAGCCCAAUGCACCGCCUCCUAAUUAAUUUUAACCUUAACAUUUAUCUCUGAAUUAAGUUCUUUAAGGCUGAAGUGUAACAAUAAUUAUGGCAACAUGGCUAUUGGCUACUUGUGUGUAAAUAGUAAGUACUAGGAUGGCAAUGCCAUAGUGUUCCGGGUAGAUUAACAUGCUGAGUCUGACUAGUUUCUGUUAUUAAUUUUUUCUUUUUUGGGAACUAGCUUCUGACAUAUGGCGGAUUAGUGAUGCUUUCUUGGCUAUGCUACUGGAUCAACCAAGUUUUAUCUGCCUAAGCCCCUGAGUUGCUUUCCAACAAAGAACAAGAUACGUUUGUAAGUUUUGAGUAUCUUCCAUGUUUUUCUGUCUUCCUUGGAAAAGAAAAUUAGAACCUUUUGUUGUGCCUA